UUUAUUGUCCAUGAAGAAUAUAUCUAUGCUAACGCUUAUAUAUAGUUUGUAAUAGCAAUUAGAUAUAUAGGUCACUCGCCCUUUAAUCCUUCACUAUAGCUUGAUACUUGAUCGAACAUGUACGUACGUUCCUGGUAGUCACGAUGGAAAAUUUCGCUCUUCCAUACCUAACUUCCAGCGCCACAACUGGACUCUUAUUUGCUGUACUUGUGUUUUCCUACUUUAUCAUAAGUAGAAGGUCCAGAGCAAUCAGGAGUUCCAAGUUACCGCCGCAAGUCUCAGGUGGAUGGCCGCUGCUAGGCCAUCUCCACCUCCUUGAUGGAUCGAAGCAGCUUCCCCAUAUAACCUUGGGAGCCCUGACUCACGAGUAUGGACCAAUCUUCACCAUCGAUAUUGGCAUCCACUCAGCUAUUGUGUUAAAUACUUGGGAGGCGGCCAAGGAAUGUUUCACCACCAACGACUUGGUUGUUUCCUCCCGCCCCGCUACGUUAUCUGCCAAGCACUUGGGGUACAAUUAUGCCAUGUUCGGUUUUGGUCCCUACGGUCAGUACUGCCGUGAAAUACGUAAGUUGGUAUCCUUAGAGCUACUCUCAAACACCAGGCUUGACCUACUCAAACAUGUUCGAGUAUCCGAAGUAGAAAUGAGUUUGAAACAGCUAUACAAGCACUGGAGCAAAAGAAAAGAUAUAACCACGGGCCAUGUUUCGGUGGAGAUGAAGCAGUGGUUUGGGGAUUUUUCUCUAAACGUGGUUUUGAGGAUGAUUGCUGGUAAGCGAUACUUCAAUGUCGCCGAUGGUGAUUUGAGCGACGAAAAAGAGGCACGACGGUGCCAAAAGGCCAUGAGGGAUUUCUUUCACUUGGUGGGACUUUUUGUUUUGGGGGAUGCUGUUCCAUGGCUUAAGUGGUGGGAUUUAGGGGGCCAGCAGAAGGCUAUGAAACACACUGCAAAGGAACUCGACCUUAUAGUUAUGGUAUGGCUGGAGGAGCACAAGCAUAGAAGAACAACCUCGGAGAAAGCCAGAACUGACCAAGAUUUCAUGGAUGUUAUGCUUUCAGUCCUAGAUGGAUCAGAUGUUGCAGGUUUUGAUGCUGAUACCGUCGUUAAAUCAACAUGUUUGAGUUUGAUAAGUGGAGGCACCGACACAACAACGGUGACAUUAACGUGGGCACUCUCACUACUGUUACACAACCCCCAAGUACUGAAGAAGAUCCAUGAAGAAUUAGACAAUCAUGUUGGCAAAGAAAGCAGAAACGCAGCCAGAAAGAGAAGACCACCGGAAGCAGCUGGGGCAUGGCCAUUAGUUGGACACCUUCCCCUCUUAGGGGGUUCACUUCUGCCGCAUAUAAGCUUGGGCAACAUGGCUGACAAGUAUGGACCGCUCUUCACAAUCAAGUUCGGUGUACAUAGAUCUCUUAUUGUGAGCAGUUGGGACAUUGCCAAAGAGUGUUUAACUACUAACGAUAGAGUUUUUGCUAAUCGCCCCAAGCUUUUAAUCUCAGAGGUUAUGGGCUACAACUACGCCAUGUUUGGCUUUAGUCCAUACGGUCCUUACUGGCGCCAGAUGCGCAAGGUAGCCACCCUGAAUCUCCUCUCGAACCAUCGUUUGGAGUCUUUCAAGCACGUUCGUGAAUCCGAGGUGAAGGCCUAUAUCGAUAACAUUUAUGACUUGUGGAAGCAAGACGAGAGCUCAGAUCAUGUGUUGGUGGACAUGAAGAGGUGGUUUGGAGACGUAUCACUGAGCAUCAUGUUUAGGAUAAUUGUAGGGAAACGGUUGCUGCAUGAUGCAAGCUCGGAGCUUGAGAAGGAAGAGAACGAAAAGUGUCGAAAGGCGAUCAGGGAGUUUUUCAGAUUGGGCGGUGAGUUUGUGCUGGCAGAUGCAGUGCCUUUUCUUAGGUGGUUGGAUUUGGGCGGGCAUGAGAAGGCAAUGAAGAAGACAGCAAAUGAACUAGAUCAUGUUAUGGAACGAUUGUUGGAAGAGCAUAAGCUAAAGCGAAGUAGUACUAAUUGUACUUCAAAUUCUCAUGAUGAGCCUGAAGAUUUCAUGGAUAUGAUGCUUUCUAUUCUUGAUGAUAGUAUACUGGAGUUUCGUGGGCACACUACUGCUGGUACCAUGAACAAAGCUACUUGCCUGGCUCUUAUAUUAGGGGGAACUGACACCACCACAGCAACAUUGACAUGGGCUCUUUCGUUACUAGUGAACAAUCCUGCAACCUUAAAGAUGGCUCAAAAUGAAUUAGACACACAAGUCGGCCGGAAUAGACAAGUGAAUGAAUCAGACAUGAAGAACCUCGUGUAUCUCCAAGCCAUCAUCAAAGAAACCAUGCGGUUAUACCCUGUCGUACCACUCCUCGCACCCCAUGAAUCUACAGACGAUUCCACCAUAGGUAACUACCAUAUACCCACCGGAACACGUUUAAUCGUCAAUAUUUGGAAGCUUCACCGUGAUCCAAAUGUCUGGCAAGAUCCCUGCAUUUUCCAACCUGAAAGGUUCCUUACAAGCCAUGCGGAUGUUGAUGUUAGGGGCCAGAAUUUUGAGCUCAUGCCGUUUGGAAGUGGUAGAAGAAUAUGUCCAGGAAUUUCUUUGGCUCUUGGACUUGUAGAACUCACUCUAGCUCAUCUGUUGCAUAAGUUUGAAAUUACAGCCCCAUCAGAUGAACCAGUCGAUAUGAGUGAGACUGUUGGGUUAACAAACAUGAAGGCCACGCCAUUACAGGUCCUUCUCAAACCACGCAUCAUAUGAAUGCAUUUCAUGAUUUUCAUCAUAGAGUAAAAUAACGGAGAAUCUUGGUCUCGAUCGAACAUUACAUUAUUUACAUUGUAUGCUGUACGUAUACUUACUCUACGCAUUUGUACUUUGAUCAGUUUAAGACUUUUGUAGUUCAAUUCGAGUGCAUAUUUUUGUGCACGUAUAUCGAUCUAUAUAUGUCUGAUAAAGUCACUGUUCAAUCCAAAAAUCAAGCAAGUUG